UUUCAGUUUCAGUCUGAGGUGACACCUUGUCUCGCUCUCUCUCUCUCCCUCUCUCUCUCUCUCUCUCUCUGGGGUGGCUUGCCUGUUGGCAUUGCCAUCUCCGCCGAUUCGCUCGCCUUCUGACAGUCAUAUGGAGGCUUUGUUUUUUGUCUGAGCACCGGACAAAGCUGAUUGAAAUCAGCUUUGCAAAGGACAGCGGUUGCUUUCUGAGAUUCUGGGUUUUUCAAGGCAGCUUUUGUGAAGCUUAUGGAAGCUGAAGAUGAAACCAGGGCUCCGAAGAGUGGAAAGGGAUCUUGCUCCAACUACACGGCCACUGUUCAUGCCCCAAUUCAGAACGUUGGAGGCUCAGCUGAAAUAAUUGAAGAAGCCCCGGGUGGGCAAGCACAGAGGGAGGAAGACCUCAUCUUAGAAAUGCCCUUUAGAGCUAUGGAAAGCUCCACAGAAGAUUUUGUGAGGACAAACAUGCUCUCAACUGCAAGUCCCACUCGCAAAAGAGUCAACUUUUCCCCGAUACUGAGCCCUAGUUUUGCCAAAACCAGUGGGUCUCCAGGCCCUUCUUUAUCUAAAGGUAAAUCAUCUAUCAAAAGCCUCCUUCCGAAACUGAGUUUAAAGCACCGAAACCCUACAUCAGCAGAUAUAGAGAAGGCUGCCAUCCUAGUUCUAGGAGCUUCGUCUGUAGAGAUGCGGGAGAAGCCUACAAUUAGAAGGACAUUAUCUCUUACAAAGCUUUUUUCUCCCAAAAUGAAGAGAACAUCAUCCUUACCUGAUCUUCCAAAGAAAACAUCAUCCUUACCCGUGACUCCAAUUGCACACUCAAACCCUGAGUCUAUGCAUGGAGCGAACACAAACCAUCCACUAAAUUAUACAAAAGGGACCCAGCUACCUAUUCAUCGUUCACAUUCAGUCCCUGUGAUUAACAAAGAUGGAAUCUUAACCCAGAUGGAUUCUUUAGGUGGUGUAUACCGUAUAAUUCCCACUACCCCACGAAUGCCCGAAGAAACUGUUGCAACAUCAAAUUCAAAUCCAACUGCUGAUCCUGAUGGAACUGAUGAUGAUGGUGAAGAUAUUCUGGAAGAAGAAGCUGUUUGUAGAAUCUGCUUAAUUGCACUAGGAGAAGGUGCUAACACUUUCAAAAUGGAAUGUAGCUGUAAGGGUGAACUUGCACUGGCCCACCAAGAAUGUGCUGUGAAAUGGUUUAGCAUCAAAGGCAACAAGACAUGUGAUGUAUGCAAGCAGGAGGUCAAGAACCUGCCAGUCACCCUUUUGCGAAUUCAGAAUGCUCAGUCUCAUAACUCACGAGGAAAUAUGGCUGCACAAGAAUACAGGUUUUGUCAGGACGUCCCAGUUCUUGUUAUUGUCAGUAUGCUUGCUUACUUCUGUUUUCUGGAGCAGCUUCUGGUGACAAAAAUGGGAUCUGGUGCAAUAGCCAUCUCUCUCCCAUUUUCUUGCAUAUUGGGUCUUCUUGCAUCAAUGACGUCAACAACAAUGGUGAGGAGGAGGUAUGUCUGGGGGUAUGCAACUAUUCAAUUCCUGUUGGUGGUUCUCUUUGCGCACAUUUUCUACUCAUUGCUCCAUAUGCAGGCCGUUCUCUCUGUUCUCCUGGCAGCGUUCGUGGGAUUUGGGCUUAUAAUGUGUGUGAAUCACUUUCUCGCUGAGUUCCUGAGAUGGAGGAGGUCAAUUGCGUCAUCAAAUCAGCAGCACAGUUCACGAGAGGUGGCUCAAGCAGAUCGAUUAUCCGAAAAUCCACAUGAGCAGCAAGUAGAUCCUAGUCACUGCAAUGAAGUUGAAUUGGGAAACUCAGGCACCACGCAUGGCAGCUGAUAGCCACGAGUAAUAGCAGAACAAUGAAGAAGGGUUCUGGUUGUCUAGUAAUGUGAUACGUGUGUAAUUAUCAUGUCUAAAUAUUAUGUUUCACUUGAUCCAUAAAGAAAUGGGUCUAUGCUUUGCCCUACUGUAAAUUUGUAUAUGUUUUAGCAUAUUUUGGAAGUUAGAUGUUAAAGCAUGUUAAGAUCACAGAAUUGUCAAGAGGGUAAAUAUGUUAAGAGAUAUUGGCCAUCAGUAAUAGGGAGACACGUGUCUCCAAGCACAUGUUGACUUUAAAAUUGCAUGUGGACUGUCCUCUUUCUUUUUGUGCUGACUAUUGAAAAAUGCAAAUGAAUUGUCAUUUUUCUUUUU